CGAGUUUACUGGAUACCAGUCAUUCCAAAAUGGCGGACAUAGAAGAUGAAAUUAAAACGUUGAAACGACCUUUAGUGGAAAAUUACAGCGAUGGAGAAGAAGAGGAAGAAAAAAGAAGAAAGAUAGAGGAAAGAAAUUACCAAAGUAGGCAUUGCCCUUAUCUAGAUACAAUAGAUAGGCAUGUUCUUGAUUUUGAUUUUGAGAAACUGUGUUCGAUAUCGCUGUCACAUGUCAAUGUAUAUGCUUGUCUAGUUUGYGGCAAGUACUUUCAAGGCCGUGGCCGUCACUCUCAUGCUUACACACACAGUGUGUCUGUAGACCAUCAUGUUUUUCUAAAUCUACAUACCCUAAAGUUUUAUUGCUUGCCUGAUAACUAUGAAGUUAUUGAUUCUUCACUGGAGGAUAUUAAGUAUGUCUUGAAUCCWACAUUUACUAAAGAAGACAUCAAACUUAUGGAUUCAUCAGCCAAGAUGUCUAGAGCAUUUGAUGGCACAACCUAUUUACCUGAACUUUCUUGGGUUGACACGGCUGUUGUUCUCUGCAGCAAGAAAAGAUUUCAGUUUACUGAACAGGGCGACCCUGUGGAUUUUCUGUCAUGGUUUCUCAAUGCUCUGCACACAACACUAGGAGGAUCUGUUAAGAAGGCAAACACUAUUAUUUUCAAGUCAUUCCAAGGAAGAAUGAAGAUUAAAACAAGAAAAGUUCCUCAAACAGAGAAUGAAGAAGAGAAAACUAAACAAAUGAAUGAAGAAGAAUAUCAAGAGAAAGUUUCAGAGUCUCCUUACCUUUUGCUUAACAUGGAUAUCCCAGCAUCACCUCUUUUUAAAGAUGAACUGCAGCAAAACAUUAUCCCUCAGCAAAAUCAUAGCAAGGAAUUAUUUAUUAAGAAAUUUGAACUGACAAAGCUACCACGCUAUUUGAUCAUGAGUUUUAAGAGAUUUGCAAAGAACACCUUCUUUACAGAGAAAAACCCAACUGUUGUCAACUUUCCUGUUAAGGGUAUUGAUAUGGCGGAGUACCUUUCAAGUGAUCCUAAAGUUCAAGAUGCACACCCUCGUACAACCUAUGACCUGAUAGCAAACAUCUGCCAUGAAGGAGAUCCAGAGGGUGGUACAUACAGGCUGUUUGUGCUACAUAAGGGUGCUAACAAGUGGUAUGAACUACAAGAUUUACAUGUCAAGGAAAUCUUGCCACAAGUCAUCACACUCUCAGAUUCAUACUGUCAGGUAAGGUAUAUUAUUUUUGACUACGACCUUUGAUAUCAGAAUGCAGGG